AUGGAACCACCUGGAACCUUCUGGAACCAGCCUGGGGCACCCCUGGACCUGCAGCCCCCGGUGUGCCCAGGCUCAGGCACUCCGGUAACCCCCCCGCGGGGCAGCGGGACGCCCCCAGCCCCGGCCCUCCGGCGCGGGGGGCUGCGGGAGGGGGACCCCGCGGCCACAGCCCCGGCCCCAAAGGUGGUGACGAGGAAGAAGGUGGUGGUGAGGAAGAAAGUGGUGGUGAGGAAGAAGGUGGUGAGGAAGAAGAGGCCGAAGGCUCCGGCCGCCCCACAGGAGCCCCCGUGCCCCCCACUGGGGCUGGAAUCGCUGCGGGUGGAGGACACGCAGCUCCACGCGUCCAGUCACAAGCGGCCCGGGCUGGGCGCCCACCGGGGCCGGCUCAACAUCCAGUCGGGGCUGUACGACGGGGACCCCUUCGACGGCGGGUGGUGCGCGGGGCGGGAGGACGCGGCGCAGUGGCUGCGGGUGGACGCCCGGCGCCUCACCCGCUUCACCGGCGUCGUCACCCAGGGCCUCAACUCCAUCUGGACGUACGACUGGGUGACGUCCUACAAGGUGCAGGUCAGCAACGACUCCCACGCGUGGGUGCCGAGCAGGAACGGCUCUGAGGAGGCGGUGUUCCCCGCGAACAAGGACCCCGAGACGCCGGUGCUGAACCUGCUGCCCACGCCCCUGGUGGGGCGGUUCCUGCGCAUCAACCCGCAGAGCUGGUUCCCCAACGGCACCAUCUGCCUGCGGGCGGAGGUGCUGGGCUGCCCCCUGCCCGACCCCAGCGAUGCCUACGCCUGGCACAGCCAGGCCCCGCCCGCCUCCGACCUGGAUUUCCGCCACCACAACUACAAGGAGAUGAGAAAGCUGAUGAAGCGGGUGAGCGAGGAGUGCCCCGACAUCACCCGCGUGUACAGCAUCGGGCACAGCUCCCGCGGCCGCCGCCUCUACGUCAUGGAGAUCUCGGACCACCCCGGGCAGCACGAGCUCGGGGAGCCGGAGUUCCGCUACGUGGCCGGGAUGCACGGGAACGAGGUGCUGGGCCGGGAGCUGCUGCUCAACCUCAUGGAAUACCUGUGCCGGGAAUUCCGGAGGGGCAACCCCCGCGUGGUGCAGCUGGUCACGGACACCCGGAUCCACCUGCUGCCCUCCAUGAACCCCGACGGAUACGAGACCGCCUACGAGCUGGGCUCGGAGCUGGCGGGCUGGGCCAUGGGCCGCUGGACCUACGAGGGCAUCGACCUCAACCACAACUUCGCCGACCUGAACACGGCGCUGUGGGACGCCGAGGACAACGACCUGGUGCCCCACGAGUUCCCCAACCACUACAUCCCCAUCCCCGAGUACUACACCCAGGCCAACGCCACGGUGGCCCCCGAGACGCGGGCGGUGAUCGCGUGGAUGCAGCGGUUCCCGUUCGUGCUGAGCGCCAACCUGCACGGGGGGGAGCUGGUGGUCACCUACCCCUUCGACAUGACCCGCACCUACUGGAAGGCGCAGGAGCUCACCCCCACCCCCGACGACGGCGUGUUCCGCUGGCUGGCCACGGUCUACGCCACCGCCAACCUGGCCAUGGCCAGCGGGGACCGCCGGCGCUGCCACUACGACGACUUCGCCCGCCUCGGCAACGUCAUCAACGGGGCCAACUGGCACACGGUGGCCGGCAGUAUGAACGACUUCAGCUACCUGCACACCAACUGCUUCGAGAUCACCGUGGAGCUCUCCUGCGACAAAUUCCCGCACGCCUCGGAGCUGCCCCAGGAGUGGGAGAACAACCGCGAGUCGCUGCUGCUCUUCAUGGAGCAGGUGCACCGAGGGAUCAAGGGGGUGGUCCGGGACAGUGACACCGAGCAGGGCAUCCCCAACGCCAUCAUCUCCGUGGAUGGCAUCAACCACGACGUCCGCACCGCCUCGGACGGGGAUUAUUGGCGGCUGCUGAACCCGGGCGAGUACGAGGUGACGGCGCGGGCCGAGGGCUACGAGGCGGCCACGCGGCCGUGCCGGGUGUCCUUCGAGAACGUUCCGACCCCCUGCAGCUUCCGCCUGGAGCGGGCCCGGGGGCGGUCCCGGGGGUCCCGCCCGGCUCCCGACCCAACCCUGCGGCUGCGGCGGCAGCGCCUGCGCCGCCUGCGCGCCCACGGCCGCGGCCACUGGCCGGACCGUCACCGGGAGCGUCACCGUGACCCGGGGCCGCGGGUUCGGCCCGGGGGGCGCGGGGGUCGGGGCCGGGGUGGGAGCGCCCGGCGGGACAGGACGGCUCCCAGUAAAGUUGGCUGCGCUGCCGCUGCGCCUCUGCGGGGCUGGGGGGGACCGGCAAUGGCAACGGGACCGGGAACGGGACCGGGAACGGGGCUGGACCGACCUCGCACCAGGCGUGGGAACUACGGGAGGCCACGCCCCCUUGGUGGAGACCACGCCCCAUCUGUGUCCAUCAAUGGUGCCCUCGCUCAAGCCCCGCCCACCACCGAUGAACAACGAGGCCCCGCCCCCUUCCCCUGGCUGGGUCCCCAUUGGCUGCGGGCGGCGGGAGACCCCCCAAACCUGAGAGAGACCCGCCCCCCAAGCCGCCGGAGCCUCCCCCGGGCGCUGCAGGGCGAUGGGCUGAGCGGACCCGGCCACUUCCUCGGCGGCAGCGGCCGGCACAGGCCAGUGCGGGGGCUGCGGGACACACAGACCCCCCCAGAGACCCCCCGGGCCGUGCUGGGGAGGUGA